AUGAAUAAAUUUAAAGCGAUGGAUAAAGCGAACAAUCCCCAGGGUGCAAAACCAAAUUUCGCAUCCGGUGGAAAAGGAGCACAACCUAAUGCAAAACAGAUUAUGCUUGAUUGGUGUAAAGCUGUAACUAAAGGAUAUGAGGGUGUGGACAUACAAAAUUUCGGAAGUAGUUGGGGUGAUGGUUUGGCAUUUUGUGCAUUAAUUCAUCACUUUUAUCCUGAUUCAUUUGAUUUCUCUACAUUGGAUCCAAAAAAUAAACGAGCAAAUUUUGAAUUGGCAUUUGAAAAAGCUGAGAAACUUGGCAAUGUUUCUCCGUUACUUGACAUUGAGGAUUUAAUGCGUAUGAAAAUACCUGACUGGAAAUGCGUCUUUACACAAAUUCAAUUGUAUUACCGGCGUUUCCAUUUGGAAGAAGGUAAAAAUGCAACUGUUCCUCCAACUGGUAUCCUUCCUAAAGCUGCCCCGAAAUCAGAGAAUACGGAUGAAUAG